CAACAGUCAAAUCACCCCACCAUGCUCGUCGUGAACCUGGACAAUCCCAGCGCAACCUAUUCGCAAGGAGAAACCGUAAGCGGCCAGGUCAGCUUCGAGCGCACCGAUUUAACAAGCCCGCUGUAUGUCGUGGUUGAAGUCGCAGGCCGCACCAAGACCGCAGUCGUCUGCAACUCCGGUGAUGCAUGCGGCGAGGCAGAUCUGUUCUGCACGCGAGUAGGCGAGGUCUAUGGCUCUCAGAUCGUCUUGCCGUUCGCCUUUCCGUUCCCCUCACGAGCUUCGCCAGUGGACCCAAGCGUUGUAAAUAUGACCCACUGGACGAAGCAGCUUACGACAAUCCGAUCGAACCAUCUUCUUCCCCCGACAUUCAAGCACAGGAACGAAAAGUUUGAAGCGUCUGCGGAGUACACGAUUAGAACAUCGGUCUGGACACAGUCCCAGUUUGGCCCGUCGCAGCGGCGCAUCUCUGAGAAAAUCGUGCCUAUCACUUACCGGCCGCGACAUGAUCCUGAGAAUCAGAUUCCUACAAAAGGUGACGCAGUCAGACUGACCACACGACUUCCGAGUAAAAAGAGCCCUGGAAGCAGGGCCAAGUCUCUUUUGCGCUUGUCUCAGGGAGCGUCUGUCGACUUUCAGCUUCAACUCACCGUGCCCGCUAAAAUCCACCCUCGGGAAGAGAUCCCCUGCUCGCUAUCGAUUAUACGUUCGUCAGAGGCUGCAUCAGGCCUGGAGAACAUUUCCUUUAUCCUGAAAGGGUUCAGAAUCUCGGUGAAGAGGAAAACCAAGGUCUGGGGUACAGCGCAUACCGGAUCGGAUGAAACACAGAGCGAGUCUGCUGUGCUAUUCAACGGGGCAACUACCGAUUUGAAUGUCGCGUUAUCGCCAGAGAAAGGAAAUAAAAAGGAAAUUUUCAGUCCUGCACUCGAGGACACGGCUCCAACGUUCGAGACGUACAAUAUCAAGCGCACGUAUGUCAUGCGUGUGGCUGCCGAGGUGCUGUGUGGAGAUACUUUGCGGGAGAUAUCCGGUGAAACAGACCUGGUCGUUCUUCCAGGAGCAUCGCCAGAACGAGUGGAGGGCGCGGAUUAUCAAGAUGACUCUGGUCUUCCGAGCUACGCAGAAGCUGCGUCGAAUAUCGUCCAGGCGGUAUCGUCUAUAAUUGGAUAGCAACUCAGACUGGUAAUGAAGUUAUGAAUAGUUUUUGAGAUACCUAUUUAGUUCUAUUAUUUCUAUAUAUGCAAUUUUGAUGAUCCUAUCCUGCCUACCAC